GGUCCCGGAGCGCGCCCUCAGAAAAAUGAAAGUCUGGAUCACCUGAUUAGUCUGAGUGGAGCAAUCCAGCUCAGGCAUCUCUCCAAUAACCUAGAGACUCUGCUCAAGCGAGACUUCCUCAAACUUCUUCCCCUGGAACUCAGUUUUUAUUUGUUAAAAUGGCUCGAUCCUCAGACCUUACUCACAUGUUGCCUCGUCUCUAAGCAGUGGAAUAAGGUUAUAAGUGCCUGUACAGAGGUAUGGCAGACCGCCUGUAGAAACUUGGGCUGGCAGAUAGAUGAUUCCGUUCAGGACGCUUUGCAUUGGAAGAAAGUUUAUUUGAAGGCAAUUUUGAGAAUGAAGCAAUUGAAAGACCAUGAAGCCUUUGAGACCUCAUCGUUAAUUGGACACAGUGCCAGAGUAUACGCACUUUACUACAAGGAUGGACUUCUCUGUACAGGGUCAGAUGACUUGUCUGUAAAACUCUGGGAUGUGAGCACAGGACAGUGCAUAUAUGGUAUCCAGACCCACACUUGUGCUGCUGUGAAGUUUGAUGAACAAAAACUUGUAACAGGAUCCUUUGAUAACACAGUAGCCUGUUGGGAAUGGAGUUCAGGAGCCCGAACCCAGCACUUCCGAGGACACACAGGUGCAGUGUUCAGCGUGGAUUACAGUGAUGAGCUUGAUCUUUUGGUGAGUGGCUCUGCAGACUUCACUGUGAAAGUAUGGGCCUUAUCAACGGGGACGUGCCUGAACACACUCACAGGACAUACUGAGUGGGUUACCAAGGUGGUUUUACAGAAGUGCAAGGUUAAGUCUCUGUUGCACAGCCCUGGAGAUCAUAUUCUCCUCAGUGCCGACAAGUAUGAAAUCAAGAUUUGGCCGAUUGGAAGAGAAAUCAACUGCAAAUGCUUAAAAACGUUGUCUGUAUCUGAGGAUCGAAGUAUCUGUUUGCAGCCCAGACUCCAUUUUGAUGGCAAAUACAUCGUAUGUAGUUCAGCCCUAGGGCUCUAUCAGUGGGACUUUGCCAGCUAUGAUAUUCUCAGGGUUAUCAAGACUCCAGAGUUAGCAAAUUUGGCAUUACUUGGCUUUGGAGACAUCUUUGCCCUGUUAUUUGACAACCGCUAUCUAUACAUCAUGGACUUAAGGACAGAGAAUCUGAUAAGCCGCUGGCCUCUGCCUGAGUACAGGAAAUCAAAGAGGGGCUCCAGUUUUUUGGCAGGUGAAAUGUCAUGGCUGAAUGGACUAGAUGGGCAGAAUGAUAUGGGUUUGGUUUUUGCCACCAGUAUGCCUGACCACAGUAUUCACUUGGUGUUAUGGAAGGAACAUGGCUGAAGAUAUGGACAACAGCUAAAAAACUGACUUUGGGUGCUGAGGCUGCUGGUUCUGUUGCAGCCUCUGUGGGAGCCGAUUUUGCAUGAACCAAAGUUCACACCUAAUGGUAUCGUCAUGCAGUGCACAAUCAUUUAUUUUCCUGGG